AUGGGCAUAACUCCUCACCAAGCUGAACGGACGCCUUUGAGACCGCUGGAUGACGAGCCGCAUCACUCCAAGUCCUUGUUCGUCGGCUCCGGCAUGUGGCAGAAACUACAUAGCCUGUUUGCCAAAGAUGGCCCCACCCGGAGUCCGAUUGAGUGCCCAGAAGACGAGGAGUGGCCUCGGCCAUGGCCUGACCACGAUGACCACAACAAACACCAAGCCUCCUCGAGGCCUCUGGCGGUUGGACUUCCUCGCCAAGCGACGUUCCGGCGUCAGAACUCUGAGAAACGAGAUCGUCUCGUUCCCGUUCAGCCUUGUCAUGCCGAAAAGAGAGCCUUGUCCACAACGAGGCGUGUCCCACCCAGCCGCUCGCGACCACGAGCACAAUCGGCACCACCAUUUUGGCAAUCGGCUCGUGUUUCCGAAUCUGAUAUGGCCAUCUCGGGCAAGGCACAGUCUACCACCGCCGGCCCUCGUGUGGACGACUUUCCUGGUUUCGGCAAUAGGCCGGAAGAUACGAUGGAAGACAUGUGGCCACAAGAUCAGUAUCGUCCUCCCCGACCGCUUUCAGUGACGUCGUCCGAUCACUCACACUUCCCUCACCUGAAUGCGGUUGAUGACCAGAUUAAUCUGAACGAGGAGCUUGAUCGUCGAUGGAUCCUCAAUCUGAGCAUGCAUUUCCGUGAUAAGUCCGAUCGUGAAAAGUUCUUUGUUACUUAUGCCGAGACCCCCAGCCACUGGCGCCGUGUCACCAUCUCUUGCGAUUAUCGCAAUGCUGAACCGGGCUCCUUAGAGAUGGAUCUGAAAGAACUCCAGUUCCAGAGAGACAAGAAUCUGCAAAUAUACGAAUCUAUACGCGACUCUCUGCCCGACAUACAGUUUUAUGAAUCCGUCACAAACCUCAAAUUGGAGACCACGGAUGGCAGGCUUCAUGUCCAUGUGACCGAAGAUGUGAACGAGAUCAUUCCUUAUCCUCCACGCCAUACCGUGGCCCAUAUCUUGGAAGAUGAAGAGUUCCAUCCGUUCGAGGUUCGAGAAAGCGAGUUGGAGUUCGAUUCUCAUCUCUCCGGCUUCGUUUACAAAGUCCGACACAUGGGCAGAGUUUAUAUCAAGAAAGAGAUUCCUGGGCCGGAUACGGUGGAUGAGUUCCUGUAUGAGAUCAAUGCGUUGCAUGCUUUGCAUGACUCUGCGCAUGUGAUCCAGCUGGAAGCAAUUGUGCUUGACGAUGCGAGACAGGUCGUUAAGGGGUUGCUCAUCAGUUUUGCCGAGAAAGGCGCGGUAGUCGAUUUGCUCUACGAUCAUCGGGGAUCCAUUCCCUGGGAAGACCGUUGCAGAUGGGCCGAGCACGCAGUUCGUGGUCUCAGCGAUAUUCACGAGGAAGGUUAUGUACAAGGGGACUUCACCCUUUCGAAUAUCGUGGUCGAUGCCGACGGUAAUGCGAAGAUCAUUGACAUUAAUCGACGAGGAUGCCCCGUUGGGUGGGAGCCUCCUGAAAUUGCCACCAAAAUCGCGAGUCAGCAAAGGAUUUCAAUGUACAUCGGUGAAAAGUCGGAUUUGUAUCAACUCGGUAUGACAUUGUGGGCACUGGCCAUGGAUGAUGACGAGCCAGAGCGACAUGUUCCGCCUCUGAGUGUGGAAGAAUUUCCUUCGGACGUGCCAGAUUGGUACCAGGACGUGGUGAGGACUUGCCUGGCCCCUCGACCAAAGGAUCGAUUGUCCGCGAAGGAGCUGAUUGAGUUCUUUCCAUCGACGUCGAUGGGCGCUUCACAAGGACAUAAGCGGCCGGCUCUGAAGCCUCGGACAGAGAAGGAGUAUAUCAACCCUGCCGAUGCCGUUGGGCGCGAUGAUAUUGAGCGAUUGAGGUUAUGCCAACCUGGUCUCCAGGACCUUCCUUAUUCACCGGAAAGUUCACGGGAUGAUUACACUUUCACAUGGCCUAAGUCGUCGAUCUACGAACUUGGCAGUGAGGUUUCAACCUACGAUGGCCCUAGGGGUAGAGCGCCACCUGCAAAUUUCGGCCACCUAGGCCGAGCGGAAAGGCGCCACUGGUUGUCGGAGGAGGGCUUGCCCGGCUCGACAGAUGUCCCAGAGCCCAACAUCGUUGUUGUUUCUCCUGGCCACGAACGAGAGUUCAACGAAGUUGAACUCGAUGGUCACCAAUAUCUCAUCUCCCGGGGGACUUUCAGCGACGACGAAAUGGAGAUCCUGGAGCGCGGGGAAGACUCAAGGCAUGAUCUAGAAAACAAAGGCUCGGUUGUGGACAAUAUUACAAACUCGGAGGAUGCUUCACCUGUGCACGGAGAAUUGCCUCCAUGCAGAGCAGCCUUUCCUGCGAUGGGCUCUCCGACGGCCGACAGCACGCCCCGCAACAGUCAUGCCGCGUUACCAACACUAGACCAGCCUCAGCUUGAUACGGCAAAACAUAUGGCAGCAACGCCUGAUGAGUCCGAGCGAGCGCCUCUCAAUGACGACUUGGAUGGGCAUCAAGAAGCCCCUCACGCAGUCAGUCCGGCUUCCUCAAUGGAAAGUCUGAGGAGUCACACAGUCGAAGGGGGUGUUGAAGUUCGCCAUAGCGGAAGAAACUCCAGUCCAUCUCAGCUAGAGUCAACAAACCCUCCCCCACAGCUCUGUUACGCGGACAGCGGCUAUGAUGAACCACUUGGCCUAGUCGAGAACGAGCACAGCGAUACCGGAGCUCUUGCCGACCUGUGUCCGCCAGAGCAGUUUCCAGUCAGCACGGAGAGCGCCUGUUUAGCACGGCGUCAAGACCAGGAGCAGAAACCUGUCGUUGACAAUUGCGUGAACCUCACGUAG